AUGGCAACCGCAACUCAGUCUCUGCCUAUUGAAGACUUUCCGUUUGACUUUGAUAUGCCUCGGACGACUUGUCAUGAAGGCGACUCUAGGGAAGUGAAGAACUCAACAACCGCAACUAAGCGGCGCCGCGGCCCGCUUACCCGCAACGCCUGCAAACACUGUCGGAUUAAAAAGCUGAAAUGCAGCGGCGAGAAACAAGGAUGCGGUCGGUGCAGAGCCAACGGCUUCGACUGCCAUUAUGAAACCUCGAAUCCCAAUUCAAAGAGGCGCUUGACGAUUGCCGAUUUUACACCUUCUAUGUCCCCUUGGGAAAGGGAAGAUAACUCGACCGCCGACAAUGCCAUAAUCACGGAGGAAGACCAAGAUCUAAAUGACCCGGAAAACAUUGAUCACUUGGUCUUCCAGCCAAGAUCCUUCUCUCCCUUUCAAGCCGAGACAUUAGAUAGCAUGCUAUCAACGAAUGCCCUCGAUAGCUUUAUGAAAGCUAGUGGGAAUCAGCCUUUCAUGAAGGCAACACUCAACAGCCCAUCGAACUCACCUCGAAUAGACCCGCUACUUUCCUGUCUCAAUGCCUCAGACUGGCCCAGAGUGAUUUCUUUAGGCUCAGAUACAGAGAGGUCUAUAGCCCAUGUCGAAAGGCGGAGGAAGCACAUACGGGAGUCUUCAAGUCAUAAUCAGGAGUGGCCUCGAAAUAGCCAGCGUUCUCGACACAAUCCAUCGAAGCAACACCCGGAACAAGAUAGUCUCUCAUGUUCAUGCUACGCGCGAGUCUUUCUGCAGCAUGAGGACGUUAGUUCUAACCUUCUCUGGAGUAUACGAAGCAAAGCUCCUGCGUCACCCGCAGAAAUGCUGCGGUCCUUGAAGCGAACUAUGGAGGGCCUCGACUCCUUCUUCGACUGCCACACACAUUCCACACGUCCGGAGUUUGUCGCCUUGCUCGUAUCAAUGUGCGAUAUGAUGCUUGGUGGUGUCGAGUAUUUGGUCCCUAAGCUUUGCGUAGACGAUGACAUCAUUUCUGCAGAUGAUGACUCGGAUACAUCCAGUUCCCAUGGUGACUCGGGGAGACGCUCUAGCAGCAGGAGCGGCAGCGUCAAUUUUACGUCGCACCCAGCAUUCAGGUUGAGCCAAGGGACAUUAGACAAAGAGGAUGAGCUUCAUACAUACUGUCUGCAGUUUGCAGGACCGACUUAG